AUGGCAGAAAUAUCGCCUGCGGGCACGGGCAACCCGUCGCCCGGCAAAUUAACAGGCCGAGCCUUCUACGAAAGCAUCGGCAGCCCCAGAUACAUUGUGGCUCCCAUGGUCGAUCGCUCAGAAUUCGCUUGGAGACUCCUCACUCGAUCCUACCUUGAUGACGAGCGCUCGAAGUCCCUCUUGGCAUACACGCCCAUGAUCCACGCCCGACUGUUCCGAGAAAGCGCCAGAUAUCGAGACGAGCACUUCAUGCCGACGAGAAGCAGUCUGGUGUCAAAGGAGAUAUCCUCAGACGUACCUUGGCUGGACGGGAACCCGGUAUUGGAUAGACCCCUCUUCGUGCAGUUCUGCGCGAACAAGCCAGAGGAUUUGCUCGAUGCGGCGCAGUAUGUGGCUCCGUAUUGCGAUGCGGUCGACUUGAAUCUGGGUUGUCCGCAAGGAAUUGCGAGGUCGGGCCACUAUGGUGCCUACUUGCAAGAAGACUGGGACACUAUCUACAAGAUGAUCAACAAGCUGCACAACGAAUUGUCGGUGCCGGUGACGGCCAAGAUGAGAAUACUUGACACUAAGGAGAAAACUCUCCAGUAUGCGGAGAUGAUAUUGUCUGCGGGCGCAAGCAUAUUAACUGUGCACGGGAGGAGAAGAGAACAAAAAGGUCACAAUACGGGAUUAGCAGACUGGUCUGUGAUUCGAUAUCUGCGAGACAACCUCCCCCCUGAAACCGUCAUUUUCGCGAACGGCAAUAUCUUAAAUUCUGGUGAUCUGGAAGCCAGCCUGGCUGCGACCGGUGCCGAUGGCAUCAUGAGCGCCGAAGGAAAUCUCUCGGAUCCCACAAUUUUCGCAGCGCCUCCGAAAGAAUACAAUCCGCGGGAAUACUGGUAUGGAGCGGACGGGAAGGGAGGAUACCGCAUGGAUGCCGUCUUCAGGAGAUAUCUCGACAUCAUUUAUCGGUAUUCACUUGACACGGAACCUCCGACGCGCCAACCGCUGUCAAUCAGAGGCGAUGAUGUGGAUUCUUUUGGAACUACGGAAGUCAUGAAAUCAGAGGAUCAAUCCCCUACCAACAAGCGAAAGCCGGACGGCAAGCCAAGGAAACCGAAGUCGGACCCAAACAUCAGAGCGAUGCAAGGACACCUCUUCCAGCUGCUGCGGCCUUUGAUCUCUGUUCACACCGACGUUCGAGAUGCUCUGGCAAAGACCAUCAUUGGUGAUAUUGAUGGUUUUGAGAAGGUCCUGGCUAUGGUAGAAGCGGCGGUAAAAAGCGGCCUCGACGAGUACGAUCCUUCACCGAAGGUAGACCGGGAUAUUGCCACUACCGCGGAUGCAGUAUCGGAAUCUGAAUUGACGCCGAGGAAGAAGACCGAACUAAAGUAUCAAAGGCCGUGGUGGGUUUGUCAACCUUACAUUCGGCGUCUACCUGAGGAAGCGAUUCAAGUUGGAGCUAUGACUGUUAGCAAAAAGAGAACAGCCAAUACAGAGUUGAGAGAGAGGCUUCUAGGUGAGAAGCAACCAAUCCGAAGAACGGAUGACUUAAAGGACCUGGAUCGACCGAAGGACCAGACUUCUAGGGAACUUCCUCAGCCUGCUCUCGUCUGUGGCUGA